CCAAAGAGCUGUUGAAAUUCGUUCCCAUUCACAGUCAGGAAAAUUACAGACAAGCUAGCAGCCAGCUUUCGGUUUCAUAUCAACGGUAUUCGACUCAGGAGAACCUGCAGUAUAUGAGUUAUCAAGAUGAAUUUCCAAUUGAAACUGAAACCCCGGAAAACUUCAUGAUGAAAUCCAACGACUCUCCAAAAGUAAAUGGUCCGGAAAACAUGGAAAGUCAUGUUGGCGUGACACAUUCAUUCAACUCACGCAGCCCCGAGGAUAUAUUGCAGAAAUCCGAAUCGUAUGCCAGGCGUCGCCUCCUAUGGAACCCCAUACCAUAUGACUCGUCUCAACUUUUCAAUGCUCUUGAAGCAUGGGCUCAAGCACCUGGCUCAAGCAUGAUGGUUAUACAACCUAUUGGACCCCAUGCUAAACCAAGGCUUGACGACUUCGCAUUUGAAGUCACAACUUUCCUCAAGUCUGGAGGCCAUCCGGUUCUUUGGGCACUGUGGCCAGUGUAUGAUGACCACUUAACGACGCGCGAAAUUCUCCAAGGCCUCAUCUAUCAAGCUGUUCAGUAUGGACCGGGGGCUUCAAUCAAAUUUGAGAAGUUUAUUUCUGAGGAUUUAGGAAAUACUUCGGAGAUUGAAUCGCUUGGCAAUCUAGCAGUGGAUGCGUUAGCCAAGCUUUCAAGCUUUUUUUUGAUCAUCGAGGGAAAGGACGCUGAGUUUACCCUCACGUUCAUGAGCGCCUUGCAGAAAGCUCUUGGGAACUGCAUUACGUUGAGCAAAGUCCUUUUGGUCAGCUAUUCGGAGGGUCUGUCUAGCGCUCUUAAAGAGCUAGUGCCUAUGGCUAGCUUUCAUAAACUAGGGCCACUAUCACAACCGCGACGAAGAGGAAAGAUGGGACGAGACUUGCGUUGGCAGACCAUAAAGCCUAGUUUAUCAUCAUAAUAAAGGUGUUCACCUCCUACAGGAUGGGCUUGAUCUGGAGCAGACUGAUCCCGAAGAAAGCCAUAUAAAACAGUCCCCCCCGGUUCUUACCACCCAUUAGUUACUCGGCGUCAAAUACUUACAUCAUAUAUUUUGGAUGAAGACCCUGUAUAGAUCUUGAUUCGUUGAUACAUGUGUGAUUGGAUGGCCUGCAUUAGUCUGUUUACACGUGAUCAGCUCUAGCCGCAGCCUUGAUUUACCUUGAUAAUUGUAAAUGUACAGCUUCAUGGCGC